AUGGCUUCAAGACCAGGAAUCCUCACUGAUUGGCCAUGGAAGCCUCUUGGAAGCUUUAAGUAUGUUGUACUAGUUCCUUGGGUGAUUCACAGUUCAUAUUCAUUGAUGGUGAAGGAUAAGAGUGAAAGAGAUGUAUCGACGUCUAUGGUGUUUCCAUUUUUGCUAUGGCGUAUUAUUCAUAAUCAAAUAUGGAUCAGUCUUUCUCGAUAUCGAACAGCUAAAGGAAAUAAUAGAAUUGUUGAUAAAGGAAUUGAAUUUGAUCAAGUUGAUAGAGAGAAGGAUUGGGAUGAUCAAAUAUUGUUCAAUGGGUUACUAUAUUAUUUGGCAUGCUACACCUUAAAAGGAGCAUCAUGUCUUCCACUAUGGAGAACUGAUGGAGCCAUUAUUGCAGCAUUGCUUCAUACUGGACCAGUAGAGUUUCUUUACUAUUGGUUACAUAGAGCACUUCACCAUCAUUAUCUUUACUCUAGAUACCAUUCUCACCAUCAUUCCUCCAUUGUUACAGAACCAAUAACUUCUGUCAUCCAUCCAUUCGCCGAACACAUAUCAUAUUUUCUCCUAUUUGCAAUACCCAAAUUGACCCUGGUCUUCUCAAACAAAGCUUCCGUUGGUGCAAUGGUUGGAUAUGUCACUUAUAUUGAUUUCAUGAACAAUUUAGGCCAUUGCAACUUUGAAGUUGUUCCUAAAUGGCUCUUUGAUAUCUUCCCACCUCUCAAGUAUUUCAUGUACACUCCAUCGUUUCACUCUUUGCACCAUACUCAAUUUAGAACAAACUACUCACUUUUCAUGCCACUUUAUGACUACAUUUAUGGGACAAUGGACAAGACCUUAGAUGAAGUUCACGAGUUGGCAUUAAAAAGAAAGGAAGAGACACCAAAUGUUGUCCACUUAACACAUUUAACAACCCCUGAAUCCAUUUAUCAUCUAAGAUUUGGAUUUGCUCACUUAGCUUCUAAGCCAUACACAUCAAAAUGGUACCUUUGGUUGAUGUGGCCUCUUACAGCUUGGUCCAUGUUACUCACAUGGGUCUAUGGUAGAACGUUCAUCGUUGAAAGAAACCGUUUUGAUGAUAAACUUAACCUUCAAACUUGGGCAAUUCCUAAGUACAGUCUUCAGUACUUACUUCAAUGGCAAAAAGUUACCAUCAACAAAAUGAUUGAGGAUGCAAUACUAGAUGCUGACAAAAAGGGUAUAGAAGUGGUGAGCUUAGGUCUAAUGAAUCAAGGGGAAGAGCUUAACAUCUAUGGAGGAUUAUAUGUUAAUAGACAUCCAAAACUUAAUGUUAAGGUUGUUGAUGGUAGUAGCCUAGUUGUUGCUACUGUUCUUAAUAGCAUUCCAAAAGGGACAACUCAAGUAUUGCUAAGAGGAAAAUUCACCAAGGUUGCUUAUGCCAUUGCCUACACAUUGUGCCAACGAGGAGUUCAGGUAGCUACAAUGUACGAGGAUGAUUACGUGAAGCUCAAAAAAUCAUUGAUCAAUAGCUCUGAAAUUACAAAUUUGAUCAAUACAAAAAGUUGCACUCAAAUGAUUUGGUUAGUGGGAGAGGGAUUAACUGAAGAAGAACAAUUGAAGGCCCCAAAAGGAACAUUAUUUAUUCCAUAUUCACCAUUUCCACCAAAGAAACAUCGUAAAGAUUGUUCAUACCAUUACACUCCAUCGAUGUUAACUCCCAAAUCUAUUGAAAAUGUCCAUUCUUGUGAGGAUUGGUUGCCAAGGAGGGUAAUGAGUGCAUGGCGCAUUGCUGGGAUAGUGCACUCAUUAGAAGGAUGGAGUGAACAUGAAUGUGGCUACAAAAUGAAUAACAUAGAUAAAGUUUGGAACUCAGCUCUUAAACAUGGAUUCCAACCCCUGAAUGCUUCACUCAAAAAUCAUUAUGAUUAA